AUGUUCCAGGCUUGCCGACCUAGCAGCAGCAUCUCAGUUUUCAGAAAGACGGCCCUGCUGCACAAGCGGCCGCCGACUGGAAAUAAUCUGCCGGCACCUUUUUGGCAGAGGAAAAACAAUUCAACGUCUUUCCACAACUCCGCUCCUCCGCGACGCAUUGUCGUUGGAGUCACGGGGGCGACAGGGGCUGUGUACGCAGCCCGUGUACUCACCAUAUUGCGAGACCUCGGCAUCGAGACACAUCUCGUCAUGAGCAAGUGGGCAACCGCGACGCUCAAGUACGAGACGACCACUUCCGCGUCUGACAUUUGCAAGCUCGCCUCAGAAGUGCACAGCUUCAAGGACGUCGCGGCACCCAUCGCCAGCGGUUCCUUUCUCCAUGAUGGCAUGAUCAUCGUGCCGUGCAGCAUGAAGACGCUCGGCUCCAUCCGCGCCGGCAUCUGCGAUGACCUCGUCUCCAGGGCUGCGGAUGUGUCGCUCAAGGAAGGUCGCAGGCUGAUGCUGGUUGUGCGGGAGACGCCCCUGAGCCAGAUCCACCUGAGCAACAUGCUGUUCCUGCGGCAGGCCGGCGCAAUUAUCUUUCCCCCGGUACCGGCAUUUUACAACAAGCCGCAGAGCCUGGAGGAUAUGGUUGAUCAGAGCGCAGGGAGGAUGCUGGACUGUAGGGGAAUUAAUACGGACGGGUUUCAGAAGCUGGACAACGUCACCCAGCCAUCGGGGCACAAGAUAAAAUAG